UUCUUUGUUUCAACGGCAAUGGAUAAACAUCUCCGACAUCUCAAACAACAUAAAAAAGAAAAGAUUCGAUUAAUGGCUGAGUGGUUGUUGGAGAUAUGGAGCAAGAAGAUCAAGGAUUAUUCUUCAAAAACCAAAGGUAAAUUUUUAUAUGUUGAAUCUUCCGAGAAAACCCAGCAAUCUGAUAAAUCCACGACAUCAGCCAUCUGCCAUCAACACUCUUCCAUUGGUUCAACAAAACUUGAAGAGACUGGCCAUGGUAAAACAACUUCUGAAGGUUCAAUUGGUUCCAGACAAUUUGAAGAGGCAGGGAAAAAUCCUCAGAAAUUCAUUUUGAAGAUAAAGAUGAAACAAUCGAAGGAAUCUUGUAAAUUUGAGGCAUUAUUCAAGUGUAAAGAUGCUUCACGUGUCAAGGUUCGUGAAAUUCUUCUGGUGGCGUUACAGAAAGUUGCUAGUGAAGUUGAUGGAGAAACUAAACAGCGGGUAAAUGCUUGUGAUCCAAUUGGUGUUGCAGUGCUAAUCGAAACUGAGAUGCUUAAGCAGAUGGGACCGUACAACGGGCCUAAGAAACUCAAAUACAGAUCAGUUUUGUUCAACAUGAAUGAUCCAAACAAUCCAGACUUGAGGAGGAAGAUUCUUCUUGGGGAGGUUAAGCCUGAGAGACUAAUACAAAUGAGUUCAGAAGAGAUGACAAGUGAUGAAAGAGAGAUUAAAAGGAUAAAAGAUAAAGCAACCUUGGGGGAACAAACAGCUGACAAAAAAUCUGAAGAGAAACCUGAUUUUGAUGAAGGAAGAUGGUUGGAAUCCUUUGUUGAUUUGAAGCUUUGAAAUCCUUAAGUUGACUGCUGAUACAGUGGGAUUACCUUUAUAAUAGUUUAGAAGAUGAAGAGCAUAAUUUUUGUAAUAUUUUUUAAGGGCAUUUAAUCUGCUGUCAGUUGUAAUUUUUAGUUUCCAUGUUAA